CGCGCCCUGUGCGUUCCCGUGGGCGGCGGGGAAGGUGGCGGCGGCAUCAAGAUGGCGGUGGCGGGCAAGGGAGUUGUGUCGGCCGCCGUGAAGCCGAUCUUCAGCCGGGACCUGGGCGAGGCGAAGCGGCGCGUCAGGGAGCUGUACCGGGCCUGGUACCGCGAGGUGCCCAACACGGUGCACCUGUACCAGCUGGACAUCACGGUGAAACAGGGCCGGAACAAGGUGCGGGAGAUGUUCAUGAAGAACGCCCACGUUACGGACCCACGCGUGAUAGACAUGCUGGUUAUUAAGGGGAAAAUGGAGCUUCAAGAAACCAUUCAUGUCUGGAAGCAGAGGACUCACGUCAUGAGGUACUUCCAUGAGACGGAAACGCCACAACCUAAAGACUUCCUGUCCAAAUUCUAUGCAGGCCACAAUCCCUGAGAAACUGACUCUGUGUCUUCCUGCCUUAUAUUACAAAUAAAGUUCUAUACAAUAGAAAAAAAAAA